AGGAACUGAUGGUUAGCGUGGGGGAGAGAACAAUAUAUAGAAGAUUAAUUGUAUUGACACUUGAAGUUUUUAUAAUUUACUCAGAUGACCAUUCAAAAAAAAAAACAAGAUUCUAUGGUCUUCUAUUAAACAAUGGAUGAACAAGCAGGAUACUGAACUGGCCAUUUUUAAUUGUAACAAAAAAUGAUGGAAGCAGCCUCUCUACCUCGCUAGGGGUAGUAGUAUGGUCUGCGUACAUUCUACCCUCCCCAGACCCCAUAAUGUGUAAUAUACUGGGUUUGUUGUUGUUGUUGUUGUUGUAAAAAAUGAUGGAAGCUUUGAGACACCAGUCAAAGUGAAUGUGUAUGUCUCCCUUUGUCGACAGAUA